AUGGUGGCGACCAAGACAAUUCUAGCCCUCGCGGCGGCUCUUGCAGGAACGUCAUCCGCCCUUGGAAUCAACUGCCGGGGCAGCGCUCUCUGCUCGGGUAACAAAGGCAUCCUCAGUCAAGCCCAAGGCCAACUCCGUGGAAUGAACCAGAACCAGCAGUUCUCUGACGGCCAGCACAUCACCUGCGUCAAGUCCUCUGUCACCAUCGGAAACCCCUCCCUCUGCAUCUUUUAUCAAAAGACCGGAGGACGCAGGUGGACGGUUGCCCACACGGUCAGGUAUGUACAGCAGCUCCUGGACCACGGCUGCGGUGCUUGCGGCAGCGUACCGACCAAUCCCGGGAACAACGUCGACUACGGCGAGCUUACUGCCAACAUGGUGACGAACGCUGCUGCUCGUCGUGGCCUGGACCUGGCCGACAGGGUUGCCAAGCCUCGUGAGCGGAAGCGAGAGGCUGAGCCUCAGCCUGUGAGCCAGGCCGAGGACUCGGCUGCCAUCCUGGCACGCGCUCUGGGAAUCAACUGCCGUGGCAGCUCAACCUGCGGCGUCGGCGGCAUCGGCCACAGCCCUGCUGGCACGCUUGAGCAGGUUCGCAACGCGGUUGCCGGCGGUCCCAAUGGAAGCUGGGGCAACGGGCAGCAGAUUGCCUGUGUGCCACAUGUGACGGGCCGCCUGUGUGCGUUUUAUCAGAACAUCGGUAACCGGAUGUUCAGCAAGCAGCAGAGUGUCGCUUAUUUGGACCAGCUGAUGGCUCAUGGGUGCAGGGUCUGCGGCAGCAUCCCUACAGACCCUGGCAACAACGUUGGAAAUGGAGAGCUGACUGUCAACUUUGUAUCUUGA